AUGAAGCUCCUCGCCCCUCUCCUCGCCGCGGCGCUGUCCUUCACCCAUCUCGCAUCCGCGACUGGCCUUGAGAUCGAUUACCUCACACCGGCCAUUGAAUGUUCCCGCAAGACCAAGAAGGGAGACAACAUUGAAGUACAUUACCGCGGCUCACUUCAGGAGUCGGGGAAGGAGUUUGACUCGAGUUACUCGCGAGGAAGCCCUCUACCGUUCCAGCUUGGUGCUGGACGGGUGAUCAAAGGUUGGGACGAGGGACUCGUUGACAUGUGCAUUGGCGAGAAGCGGCGGUUGACCAUCCCCCCAGACAUGGGCUAUGGUGCGAGAGCAGUCGGGCCUAUCCCCGGAAACAGCGUUUUGGUCUUUGAGACCGAGUUGAUGGGGAUCAAAGGUGUCAAGAAGGAUGAACUUUGA